AACUUUGACAUGCGAACUUUGACUUUCUGUGUUUCUUGAAAAGCGAAAAAGACUCAUUCAAACCUCUUUCAAAGCCUUUUACUGCAAAAUAAGCGACAGUUCAUUUGGUUUUGGGACAUGCUAACAGCUGUUGAGUAAGUACAGAAUGUCUAAACUGGCCGGUAUGGAGGCUUCGGCCACCAGUGUCCUGCGGCGCGCAGUGGAGCUGGACGGGAGCUCACGCCUGCCCGAGGCACUGGUCUGCUAUCAGGAGGGGAUACAGCUACUACUGGAUGUUCUGAAGGCAACAACAGAUGAGACGAAGAAGAGCCGGUACAGAGAGCGGAUACGGGAGUACAUGGACAGGGCAGAGGAGAUUAAGAAACAUGUCCAGCUGGAAAAAGAAGCUGGAAAGUACCAUGAACAAAUCCACAUUGCUGCUGGUUCAGUAGGUUACAGUUAUGACAGACUCUUCAGACCAUACAUGGACCAGACCCUGACAGAGAUAAUGAACUUCCUGAGGUUUUGUGAGUUACUUGUGAAGUCUGCUGGGCAGGUUCGGAGGAUACACCUCACCACAGGAGAAGAAGAGGGUCCCCGGUUAGAGGAGCAGCAGGGCAGGCUGAGGGAACUGAGAGACAGUCUGAACAAGUACAGCAUCAGCCUGGAUGUUCAGUACUCUGCAACAUUACAUGACAGGGAGAUCAGAUUUAGUAAUGGCUGGAUAAUCAAGAUAGGAAGAGGAUUGGACAUCUUCAAACCAACAAAGGGCCCCUUCCAGAUCGGUUUCUGUGACUAUGACUUACGAGAGUGCCAUGAGACAACAGUGGACAUCUUUCAUAACAAACAUCUCAAGACUACCACACAUGGAGAUGUCUCAUCAUAGUUUCUUGGACAGUCUUGAUACAUGUACAUACAUGUCUUUGUCUGACUUAAAUUUGUAGAAAAACGUUUUAAUUACAAACAAAAGCUUUUUUAAAUCUAUACAUCAAUUUCUUCAGAUUUUGCUUUCAACUGCAGACUUAAGAGUUAAUUUGCUUUUUAUGUAUUCGUAGUUGUUGUUGGGCAGGCAAGUACAACAUGUGCUAUUUUUGUAAUAUGUAUUGUUUUGUUGCAAUGUCAAAUAAAGUGCAAAAGGUAUAAUGGUGUGUGAAUUUUAAGUUAUCAUGAAUAGUUUCUGCAAAAGAACAUGGAAAUGUCACCAAUGUGACAAGAAAUGGAAUAUUUAUAGCACCAGGAAGGGUCAAAUAUACUAAGUGUGGAUAAAGGAUAUCAUGUUAGUUGUCUUACCUAUUUUUAAGCAUAAGGAGUCUGACAGCUACAGUACAUGACUAAGUCAUGCACAUGUAUUACUUAAGGAUAAAAUGAGAUGCAACAAACUUGUAAGAUUGAACUAUUUUAUUGAAUCAUCUUGAUAACUCUUUCAGACAAAAUAUAAAGAUCCUUUUCAGCAUUACACCACACUGUGGAUGUGGUAAAAGUUGGUGCAUGCCAUCACACACUUUUAAUGGAUUACAACAGGAAGAAUGUCUUCAAUAAUUGUAACAAUUCUCAGGAACAUGGACGGUUGCCAUAAGUUAUGGCUGUAGCAAAAAA